UGCCCAGGCUCCCCAGGGAAUGGUCACAGCCCCAAGGCUGCCAGAGCUCCAGAAGCGUUUGGAUAAAAUGUCUCAGACACAGGGUGAGGUUGUUGGAGUGUCCGUGGAGGACCAGGAGUUGGACUCAGUCGUCCCUGUGGGUCUCUUCCAGCUCAGGAUAUUCUGUGAUUCUGUGAAGUUGCCCAGUCACAGUAAAUCUCUAGCCAAAAGUGGAGAGUUUUCAGUGCAGCUUCCAGGGUGACAUCAUCAGCUGAGUGGUCUGUCUCUGCUUCUUACCUGAUGGAUCAAGAAUUCCACCCGCUCCUGGUAGUUGCCUCACAGGCUGGAAGGCGUUUGCUGAGAUAAGUAAAGUCUGAGUCUCAGCUGGUGACACUUCAAAUUCCAUUAAAAACGGCAGUGUCUCAGUGUGUGCUUUGUGCUGCCUCAGCUCAGUCUGCAGGUAAAGGGGAAGGGGGCAGCAAGUUUUCUUCUCAUUACAUCAGAAGAAAAAGAAAGAAGGCAGCACCCCCAUUUCCUUCCCACUGCAUGUAACUCACAGCACGCCAGUAGAGGCGUGCACCUGCAGCUGGGACAGCCAUGGAGAAGAGUGGGAACAUUCAGCUGGAGAUUCCCAACUUCAGUAACUCUGUCCUGAGCCACCUGAACCAGCUGCGCAUGCAGGGUCGGCUGUGUGACAUCGUGGUCAACGUGCAGGGCCAGGCUUUCCGUGCGCACAAGGUGGUGCUGGCUGCCAGCUCACCCUACUUCCGUGACCACAUGUCCCUGAACGAGAUGAGCACCGUGUCCAUCUCUGUCAUCAAGAACCCUUCUGUCUUCGAGCAGCUCCUCUCCUUCUGCUACACUGGCAGGAUAUGUCUGCAGCUGGCUGACAUCAUCAGUUACCUGACUGCUGCCAGUUUCUUGCAGAUGCAGCACAUCAUAGACAAAUGCACGCAGAUACUCGAGGGGAUUCAUUUCAAAAUUAACGUGGCGGAGGUGGAAGCGGAAUUGAGCCAGACCAGGACGAAGCAUCAGGAGAGACCUCCCGAGUCUCACCGGGCAACGCCAAAUCUAAACCGUUCCCUGAGCCCACGUCACAACACACCCAAGGGGAGCCGCCUGGGCCAGGUUAGCACAGUGCUGGACAUUCGGGAACUAAGCCCGCCCGAGGAGUCCACCAGCCCCCAAAUCAUCGAGCAGAGUUCCGAUGUGGAGGGCAGGGAGCCCAUCCUGCGGAUUAACAGGGCAGGACAGUGGUACGUGGAGACGGGAAUGGGAGAGCGCGGGGCACAGAACGACGAGGAAGUGCGGGUGCUGGGAGGAGUGCGCAUUAAGACGGAAAACCUGGAGGAGUGGCUGGGGGCAGAGCACCAGCCCUCGGGAGAAGAUGGGAGCAGCGCUGAGGAGGUCACGGCCAUGGUGAUCGACACCACGGGCCACGGAUCGCUGGGCCAGGAGGCUUUUGCCUUAGGCUCCUCUGGAGCCAAAGUGGUCAGGCCAACCAGCAGUGAGAUCGACAGAUUCAGCCCUUCUGGCAGCAUGGUUGCUGUGACUGAGCGGUACAGGUCAAAAAGUGAGUCUCCUGGGAGGAUGGAUGAGCCUAAGCAGCCCAGUUCCCAGGGGGAGGAGUCAGCCAUGCUCGGAGUGAGCGGUUAUGUGGAGUAUCUGCGGGAGCAGGAGGUUUCAGAGCGCUGGUUCCGGUACAACCCACGGCUCACGUGUAUUUACUGCGCCAAAUCCUUCAACCAGAAAGGCAGCCUGGACCGGCACAUGCGGCUCCACAUGGGCAUCACACCUUUUGUGUGCCGCAUGUGUGGCAAGAAGUACACCCGCAAGGAUCAGCUGGAAUAUCACAUCCGCAAGCACACAGGCAACAAGCCCUUCCACUGCCACGUUUGCGGCAAAAGCUUCCCUUUCCAGGCCAUCCUCAACCAGCACUUUCGCAAGAACCACCCCGGCUGUUUGCCCCUGGAAGGGCCCCACAGCAUCUCCCCUGAGACCACUGUCACGUCCCGGGGGCAGGCAGAGGAGGAAUCUCCUCCGCAGGAAGAGGCUGUGGCAGUGGGGGAGACGGCACAGGGAUCUGUGUCCACAACCGGGCCGGAUUGAAACGCGGCUGUGGAGUCCCAGGAGAAAGGACCGUCUUCCCAUUCCUGGCUCUAAAGAGUCAGCACCAACCCGGCAGGCUGGUACUGUAAUUAGUGCAAUGCCACCACUGAACAGAAAGAAGCUCCCAAGAUGUUGCCAAAAUAGAAAAAUUUCUCUCUUUCCCUCUCUUCCUCUCACACACCCACACACACACCCAUAGAGUGUUAAAUGUUUUUCUCCCUUACUCUUCCUCCUCUUGGAGAAAAACAGAACAACUGUGUCAAUCAACUUCUUAUUCAGGGAUCGACAGGAUUUUAAAUUUUUUUACUGUUCUGUAGUGAUCUGGGACAAGCAGUCAUUUGUAUUUCUGGACAGCGCUGUGGCCCAGCAGGGCGUCCCGCCGGCAGUGCCGGAUCCAGCCACAGAGCCAUAUCCACUGCUCCCGCUCGAGGGGAGAGCAGGGGCAAGGGGCCGUUGCCUUUCUCCCUUCCCCAGGUAGUUGCCACAGCAAAGGAAACAAAAACACUGUCCUGGUGGAGCCUGCCUUGCCCGAGUGUAUUUAUCCCCGUCUUAAUUUUUGGUGUGUUUCUUUACUUUUUUAUUUAAACUGUUAUUUUAGGGCUUUGGGCUUGCCCAUUCCAGGCAUGCAGCCCUGGUGCCCCUUGUUAAAGUGGGCACAGCUACAAAGUGGUAUUCCAGAGGUCAGCAAAGUGUGAAGGAAGUACUUCAGCGACUGAGAAUGGAAUUUAGCAGCUGUAAGGUUUGCAUGAGACUCUGAUGCAUUGGGAGAAGGCCUGGAGGGGUCUUCCAGAGGCGGUUGUCCUCUGCUGGUGCUGAUCUGGGGAGCUCAGAGCACCCUGAGGUCCUGGCUGGAGAGCUGCCACGCUUCAGGUGUUGCCAAGGAUUAGGAAGAGAUUUUCUGGAGUUGCUGAAUUGUGGAGUUAGAGGCUGGCUACCAAAGUCCUCUUUCACCCCUGCUCCCCCCUCGACACACACUUGAUCUUUUAGAACAGCAAUAUGGGAUAUGGAAAUACUGCAGUGCUGUUGUCACAGCCGAGCAAUCGCAGGUGGUUGCUUUUAAACCUGUUUCUACAAACUAGUUUGAUAACUUUUUUAUCAAUGAAAUGCAAAAUGAAAAGAGAACCCUUCUCUAUUUCCUUAUAACAGUUCAGGAGACUUACAAAUGAAUGGUUCCUAGAGCAAUCACAACUCUGUCCCCUUGCAUGGACUUAACAUUUUUGUA